GCCCAGAGGCCGCCUCCGCCCGCGCGGCUGGCCGCAGUGCCUUUGAAAGGCGGCGGGAGGCGGCGAGCACCAUGGCGAGCCCGAGCCGUCUGCUGUGCGUGCUGGCCCUGCUCCUCUGCGGCGCGGAGAGCUCGGGGCUGUCCGGAACCUUCGGCGACACGGCCAAGAAGCCCAUCAUUGGAAUAUUAAUGCAAAAAUGCCGUAAUAAAGUCAUGAGAAACCUUGGAAGAUACUAUAUUGCUGCAUCCUAUGUAAAGUAUCUGGAGUCUGCAGGUGCAAGAGUUGUGCCAGUAAGGCUUGAUCUUACAAAUAACGAAUAUGAAACACUUUUCAAAUCUAUUAACGGAGUCCUUUUCCCUGGAGGAAGUGUUGACCUCAAGCGCUCAGAUUAUGCCAGAGUGGCCAAAAUAUUUUACAAAUUGGCCAUACAGAGUUUUGAUGAUGGAGACUAUUUUCCUGUGUGGGGCACAUGCCUUGGCUUUGAAGAGCUUUCAUUACUGAUUGCUGAAAAGUGCUUAUUAACUCUCACAGAUACCAUUGGGAUCAAAAUGCCUCUGAACUUCACUGGAGGUUCAUUGCAUAGCAGAAUGUUCCAGAAUUUUCCUCCUGACUUGUUGUUGUCAUUAGCAGCAGAACCUCUGACUGCAAAUUUCCACAAGUGGAGCCUCUCCAUGGAGAAUUUUACGAUGAAUGAAAACUUAAAGAAAUUUUUCAAUGUAUUAACUACAAAUACGGAUGGCAAGAUUGAGUUUAUCUCAACAAUGGAAGGAUAUAAGUAUCCAGUGUAUGGUGUCCAGUGGCAUCCAGAGAAAGCACCUUAUGAGUGGAAGAGAAUAAAAGGCAUUUCCCAUGCACCUAAUGCUGUGAAAACUGCAUUUUACUUAGCAGAGUUCUUUGUUAAUGAAGCUCGGAAAAACAAUCAUCAUUUUCCAUCUGCAUCUGAAGAGCAGAAAGCACUGAUUUAUCAGUUCCAUCCAGUUUUUACUGGAAAUAUUUCUUCGUUUCAGCAAUGUUAUAUAUUUGAUUGAAAGAAAGUCUUGGAUUUGUUAAAGAGCAAUGUUGAAUAAUUUCGUGAUUGAACUGUUAACAAUAACUUGCUACCCAUGGCAAUAUUAGAAAGACAUAGGGAUUCUUUUUCUAUGAUGUGACUGGCUUUGAUUCUUCAUUGAGUUUGUGACUAUUUAUAUCACAUUUGAUAAUUAAACAGUGAGAUAGGUAAAUAAUAUAGUGUUUUUCAUGGAAAAACCUUGUAUCUGAACAUUAGAAAAAUAAAGUUAUUGAAA